ACUAUAAUAACAAAUAUGCUCAUGUGGAUAAGAUAAUUGUACGUUUCAGGGACAGAAACACAAGAAAAUAAAGGACACUGCACAGAAAGCUGUGGACUUGCUACAUCCUCAUCAGAGAGUACAUUUCUGCUGUUGUCAGAGUUUCGGCUGCUGAGUUUCUCGUCAUAAAAUGUCUGCUCUUCCCUCUCACAACUACCUCCUGACAGCUCCAUGACCAUGAUUCCUUUAGAAACCUUGCAAUAUAUGGUUUUAAAUAUGACAUUUAAAACACUUACAAGACUUGAUGUGACCCGUUUAGUUUUCUCAUGUCUCUCUCUCGUUGCCAUAUUGCCGAGUAAAGCAAAUGCAACAGAGGGCAGAGUGACAUUUAUAUAGUUGCCCACAGACAUCUGCAUGCACACGCAUAAGAAGCAAAAAGCAACACCAAUACCAUAUACCAUACAUAGCAUAAGAUGGUGCUGUAAUUGUUUUUGUUGCUGCUUGUGUGCAAUUAAGAUUAUUAAUUCUUUUCAAAAACUACAUGUAGCUCAUUAUGAAGCAGUUAAAAGCAAACUUUAAAAUAUAAGAAUUCAUUGGUGAUUUGAGAAUAUCUAGCUUUCAUCAGAUCCACCAAUUUCUGAUUAUAAGAUCUGUUUUCAUGUUAAAUGAAGGCAGUAAGUUUGAUAUAAUGAUCACGUAAUUAAUCACACCUCUAUUUUCAUGUGCAAGUCUGCUGAAUUGUAUUGAUCCCUUAGCCUCACUCACAGAAGUAAGAGAAAUACACAGGAAAUCUCACUUUUACAACCUAUUUUUAACUCCUCUGCCCACCAAUGGAGAACACAUUCACAGACAUUUUCACUCAAGUAACUACAAACUUUGUGAAAGGUGACUCAACCAAAAUGACUCACAUCUGUGAGGUUGCUUUCCUCAAAGAUGCCUCCAUAUCUGUCACCUGUUCUUUAAAUGACAAUAGACUAAUUUUCUGCAUUUCAUACCUACAUAAAGUGCAACAUAAGGCCCAAUCUGUAAGUGUUUUGGCUAUAUACAAUUUUAGACAGCAUCAGAAAACAUUAAUGACUAAAUCCCAAUUAGAUGUCCUCUAAUGUUAGCACUAAAGACUUGUGCUCAUAAUUGCUUGUAGAUGUUUGUAAAUAAACAAUAGCAAUGGUUCAACAUUUUUGGAAAUACAUUUUCUGGCAGAGAGUUAAUAUGAGCCUAAAGUCAGCAGCCUGUUAGCGUAGCAUAAAGACUGAAAGCAGGGAGCAGCUACCUGCAGAUUCAGGUAGGUUCAUUUCAACAAGCAAUCCCUUUCACACUGUCACAUUGUUUCACAUUGUCAUUUGAUACAUUAUUAUUACAACAUCAAUUCUAGCCCCUUUAAAACAGGUGUGCCAGCUUCGCAGUAUUAGUACCAAAGUGUAUGUAUUUUUAUUUUCAUAUGCUAAAGUUGAAUUGUUCAUCAACAUGUCAGUAGUAGAUGUGAAGAAAAGCAGUAGUAGUAAAGUGUAAUUUCGAACGUUACUGUAGGUCAGAGACAUUUCAAUUCCUGCUUUGCUUGACAUUCACAUGUACUGCAAAAUACACACCAUCAUAUAGGAAUUUAACGCCACUGAAACUAAGUGUGAGAAUACAUCAGAAACGGGUCCUCUCACUUCUCCUAUGUCCACGCAUGUUUCUCUUCUCGUGGGUUAAUGUCUGCCACCUACAGCCCUCGUCCCCCGCCCCCUAACAGUCAAUACCACAGGAUGAUCUAUAUCUAGAAGUUAUUUCAUUUGCACAAGGUUGUGCAGUGGUAGAGCAUUAUGAAACAUAACCACUGUUCAGGUUUUUAAACAGGCAGAUGUUAAAUCAAUGUACAGAGCCUGGAGGUACUACCCAGAAUAAGAAACAACUACAGAGCUGGCACUUCAUCAGAAUCAGAAUGAAGAUCAUUUCUGUCUUCUACUGUCUUCUCUAUGCUACGUGGACAGAGGGAGCAGACAUCAAUGUAGAGGGUUUCGAGGGUGGAGAAGUCUCCUUCCUGUGUUCACACAGACUUGCGUGGAAAAACCAUAAAUACCUCUGCAAGGAUCCAUGUACAGACAAUGAAAAUACACUGGUCUCUGUAGAAUCUGGUACAAGAUCAGGGUCAGGGAGGAUAGCUCUGGUGGACAGGGGGGACGGAGUCUUCACUGUGACCUUCAGUCAACUCCAGCUGUCUGACUCGGGGAGAUACUGGUGUGCAGUGGACAGGCCUGGUUUUGAUACAUACACUGCAGUAUAUCUUACUGUAAAGGAAGCUGCUGCAAAUGAGACAACAACUGUCAUACCUGAACUUUCUCCCACAUGGACACAUCAGGAGAUUUCCAACUCAACACAAUCAACAUCUGGAAUGGACACCAGUAGGCCUAUAAACCUUUCAUCAGGAGAACAGGACAUCAGCACAAGGACUGUGUUGUACACCGCUGUCGGGGCUGUUGCCAUGAUCACUAUCUUGGUGCUAGCAACGUGCUUCAGGAAACACAGAGAAAACGCAAAACCUGAACCACAAGUUUGCUUAAACAGCACUGACCUUGUCGAUCCAGACGAAAGAGAGGUUGACUGCGAGUACGAUGAGAUUGGCGAGGAAGUGCAGUCAAAAAAAAACUUAUCUGAAAGGUUCUCUUCCACUCACCACCCAAAACAGGACCCACCAACAUCUGCAUCCACAGCAGCCCAAUGUAGCGAACCCCUUCACAUCUAUGAAAACAUCUGCUACUCCAAAGGUACUGCACAUUCAAGAUAUUCAGCUGCAAACGUCCAAGACAAGGAUGGCAUCAGCUCUGGGAUCUACAUUACACCUUUGCUGCCUACAAUAUCUGAAAGAACUGGUGAUGACUCUCCUUAAUAAACCUACAGCAACUAGAAAUGCGCCCUGUGUUAAAAUUUAGCUUUGUGAAGCUUAAAAUGUAGCUUUUUUUUUUUUUUUGCUGAAACUGCUGUUGCUGAGAGAGUCAAGGGAGUCUUUUAAGACUUUAACUGUAACAACACAGUGUUCUUGCAUUUGAUUGCAUUCUAUGGUAAGGUAUGGUUGGGCACGUUGAGCUGCAUUUCAUGUAUGAAAGGUGCUAUGUAAAUGUGCCUGUAUUCACAAAAGAAAGAAAGAAACCUCUUUGACACAGUCUCAGCAAUAAUUUAUCAUUAUAAGCUUCACAGGAGUGGUACUUGUUGCUGCUGUUGCUUAUUAUACUGCCUUACAAAGGCAGAGAACUUUAACUACAGGAACAGUGACGUUGAAAAAAAGUGUUUGAAGUUUGAAGGCUCUUAGCCAACUGUGUAACAUAUAUAAAUUGUAAAACUUUCAUUUAUUAAUCAUUGUCAUAGACAUAACAUAAAAAAAGACACUGAACAAUCUAAAGGGAGCAGGGAAACACAGUAUCUACAAACAUUUUUUUUUCUAAUUUCUUCAGCUUUCUUGUCCAUUUGAACUAACAAGCUACUUUAAAAGAUUAAUAAAAUACAUUUAAAUAUGUGAUUUAAAGGUAGUUUAACCAUGUGAAUUCCACAAGAGUCAGAGGCUGCAAAGACGGCAGUUACUGCUACACUGCUAAGCAAGGCUAGUUACCUUUUGGCAGGAUGACUUUAUCUGUUGUUUUCUUCGUUAUGAUUAGAUUUAGCUUCUGCCUUACUUAUUAAGUAUCACAAACAUUUGCAAUUUCAGGGAACUGGGUAAAUUAGCUUUAGGUAGCCGGAGUGCAGUCACUGUAGUUUGCAGUUUCGUCCCAGAAGCUGAGAAGAGCAAAGACUUCUUCUCCCAGCAGUAAAGUGAAGAUCUUCUAGCUGAAUUCCUAACUGUAGCGCUUGCCUUCAGAUAAGAGGUGUCCUUGUGAAGAAGUAUCUCAUGGCGUCCAUUGUAUUAAACCCAACAAAAUUUCAGAACUUGUUAAGAUAAAUCCUUUGUUCGUAGAUCCAGUGUACAGUUGGUGGGGUGACCUCAUACUCUCAAGCACUGAAAAGUAUAGUUUUAUUUCUUUUUCAGAAGUAUUGAAAAGUCAGAAAGUCAGAUUCUGGUCCCAAUAUUUACAAUAUAAAUAUAUAGCAUUUUGGCAUCACAGGGCAGUAUAGUGUACAAGUGUUCCUUUUGUCAUGUCCACCCCAUGUACCUAGGACACUGUGUGUGUGUGUGUGUGUGUGUGUGUGUGUGUGUGUGUGUGUGUGUGUGUGUGUGUGUGUGUGUGUGUGUGUGUGUGUGUGUGUGUGUGUGUGUGUGUGUGUGUGAGCAAAUGUCACUCACGUCAAAUGAGGAUAAAAAAAGCUGGUUCACACUAGCUGGUCAACCAAGUGUGAACCACCAUUUUUAGGUUUUUGGUUAAGCUAAGCGUUGCUGUAACAUUAGGAUUAGGGUACAGGAUGAAUGUUACUCAAUGUAGUGUCCUCCAGUGACAAACACAAGUGUGUCUGUGUGUGUGUGUGUGUUCAUAUGACUUUUCGUGGCUGAUUAUGUCAGGAUGCAUAUACCUAUUUGAAUGUGUGUUUGCAGUUAGUGAGAGCAUGUGAAUAUGGAGAGGGAACUUUAACCUUAAAAUACACACAUCCACACGUUUGUGCUGAUGCCUGUAUGUGUGGUAUGUUAAAGGUUGUGAAUUAUAAUUUCCUGUAUAUUACUGUAAAACUGUAAAACAUAUUAUCUUGUGUGUACUAUGGGACAACAUCACAUUGAUGAAUAAUGCAUAAUGAAGUGGAAAGAAAGGAUGUUUAAGGCUUACUUGCUUGGAUAAUGUAACACAAGACAAACUUGCUUCUUGAGUUUUCAUCUGAUCUGAAUAGUAGAGAGAAUAAAAUAAGGGGCAGAGUGAAGACUAAACAAAGAAGUUGGCGUCCUGAUUCAACUUUUGCUAAGCUUAAUAUUUUAUUGCUUGUGAUCUUUCACAUCAAAUUUGAUCCUAAUAUGUUUUAUGUGACGCUUCAUGAUCUUGUCAGUGGGAUGUUAAAUGCAAGUAUCGCAUGUUAUUAAUAAUGCUUGUUAAAAUAUAGAUGAGGCAAAGGAUAACAGAUGCCACGUUUUAAUAAAGCAUACUUUAUAAAGGCUUUA